AUGGUCUCGGCGUCGACGCCGCCUUCCUCUGGCCAGUACUUGGCUCGCUGGGAUGCUUCCGAUGCGACGCUGUCCAGCGUCGCAUACCUGCUUCUCGCAUCGGCGUUCUACAGCAUGAGCGUCUGCACGAGCGAUUUGCUCGCUGCAAUACCCUUCUCUGGCGGCGCGUUUGGCCUCGCGCGUGUUGCCGUCAGCUUUUACGGCGGCUUCCUCGUGGCGGUCGCCGAGUGUUUCGAGUACGUUCUCUGCACGGCCGACGCGGUGCAGUCUCUCGGUGCGACACUCGCGCUAAUGUGGCUCGCUCCGUUUCGACCGAUCACCUACCUUGCGCUCUAUGUGCUUCUUACGCACGUGCACUUGGCGGGGGGACCGAGCGUCUGGAAAAGCUACAUCGUGCUCGCAGCAACCACGAUCCUCGGACUCGUCGUCUACCUUGGCAGCAGUGUGCCACAGCUCGAAUUGCGGCCGCUGCGCACCAAAAGCAUGUGGAGCUCGGGGCUUGAGCUCGCGGCGCUUCUGCCGUCGCAAAUGCGUCUCUUUAUGGGGCUCGAGUGCCUCAACCUCUGCGGCCAGGACGUUGACGACCCGCAGAUUGCACUCCCGCUCGUCCAGCGCCAAGCCAUGCGCAUCGAGUGA